AGCGCGCGCGGCUGCGGGAAGGUGCACUUGCUGCGCUCUCCUCGCUGGAAAGGCAUCGUUGCCCGCCUCCCGGUCUUUAGCACAAACUGGAACAUCCCUCCACCAGCAGGUGGGCUGGCUGCUUAACCUCUGCAAAAGGACAAAAGCCUUUGGCCGGGAGGGUCCGAUCUGCAAAAUCUGAAGCGUUGCAAACGAGUCGUCUUGUUGAUUUCUGGUGCCUCUUGCGCCGGCUCCUUGGCUGGGGCAGCCCGAUCCUCUUCAUAGUUCUUCAUAAGGCGACUCUCCCUGUGAUUUGGAGAGGACUUUUUUUUCUGGAACCUUUGCUCCUUGAACUUGGAAGCUAGCCCUUAGUAGCUUCAGUGGGGACAACCGUCUCGGAUCGCCCAAGGCGCGCGGGGUUCUCUCCUACUGGAGACCUUUAAGUCUGCCCUCCACACACACUUUGUGCCACACAACACUCCGCAACCAACUCCCUCUCUCGCCCCAUGCUUCCGUUGCUGUCCCCUCCCCCCACUCCUACAAUAUACCAUUUGCAAUGGCUCCUAAUGCAUCUCCCAGCAGCUUUGUUGAUCUCUGGCCCGGGAUCCAAAGCGGAGCAGCAGCAGAAGCAGAGAGGCCCGCGGGACUUCACGUGUAAGACUGCAAGCGCGGUAAGAGGCAGCUGCUUUUUGCAAGCCUGCCUUGCCUGCCUUCAGCGGCGGCGGCGGCGGCGGCGCUCCUAGCAGCGGCAGAGGCAACAAUCGGAGGACGGGGAAGCCGGCUUUACAGGAGCUGCGCGCAGAGCAAUGCUGCUGGGGCGCAGAGACGGCGCGCUCCCCUGAGCCUCGCCGCGCGCGUUGCGAAGGGAAGGGCGAUGCACUGAGACGCCCCUUGCAAGCGGUGCGUCGGCUGGGGGGAGUUUUGCUGCUGCUUUCCUGCCUCUUCUCUCCCCCCCUCCACCCCACAGCAAAGGAUUCUCUUGGCAAACGGAGCUCCCUUCUCUCUCCCCCACCCUCAAGCCCAGGGAGCUCCUCCGAUGACCCUGGGGACUUCGUGAAAGCCAUGCGCCCCGACGACAUCAACCCUCGCACCGGUCUGGUGGUGGCUUUGGUCAGCGUCGUCCUGGUGUUCGGCUUCAUGUUCACGGUGUCCGGGAUCAAGGGGGAGACUUUGGGGGACAUCCCUCUGCUGGCCAUCGGGCCGGCCAUCUGCUUGCCGGGCAUCGCCGCCAUCGCCCUGGCGAGGAAAACCGACGGCUGCACCAAGUGGCCCGAUAAGAGGGGGCGCCCGCCUUGCGGUGGCUGCUGCUGCUGCCGCAAGAAGCCCCGAGACAAAGACGUGCUGGAGCUGCUGAGGACCCCGUCGGACCUGGAGUCCGGCAAGGGCAGCUGCGACGAGCUAGCCAAGAAAGCCUAUGGAGCCAAGGACAGGAAGGGGAGCUCCCGAGGAGGAGAGGACGGCCUCUCCACUUGCACGACCAUCACCACCUCCGCCGCCGUCGGGGAGGGCAGGGGCUCUCUGCACAAAGCGGAGCAGGAGGAAAAGCUGAGAUACUUGGAAAACUGCUGCCCGGAGAUGCCUGGGAAUGUCUUGGGGGCCGGAGCCACCCUUUUCAGUGCCUUAGAGGAGGAGGAGAAGCAGCAGCAGGAAGGAUCUCCCGUCUUCGAAGGGGCCCCCGCGCUCCCGGGCGCAGAGGACACCGUUUCCGUGGCCCCUCUGAACAGCAUCAUCGUCUGUUCCUACAAGGACAGCAGCCCUUACGACAGGUACUGUUGCUAUAUAAACCCCAGCGAGGAAAUCAGCUCGGAUCACGAGACGAUAGUUUGAAAAGACUUGGUGGACUCCCCUUUCUCCCCUCCCCUCUUUUUUAUUUUUUAAAAAAGACUUUGACGAAUGGGCGGUGUUGUUUCGAGCAAGUAAUGAAGGAACCCUCCCAGCAGCCGGCUCUUUUAAAACAAAAAUAAUAACUGGUAACAAUAGUAAUAAUAGUAAUAAUAAUUAAUAAUAAUAAUAUUGGCUGGAUUUGCACUGCAUGGGACAAUUCUCAUAGCUAUUAACUAACUUUUUUCUAAACCCCAACAACCUGGUAUGUGACUGAUACUCAAACCUUUUGUGCCUGGGAAAACAAACUUUAUUUAGUUAUUAUUUUCGGUUUCUUGUUAAAAGUAAUAAUAAGCAUGUUUCAGGAGAA